GGACUUUCCAGGAUACAAUCAGUGACUACAAGCAAGAAAAGAAACUCACAAGCUGAAAGGAGAGAAAGCAUCUUGGACAUUUUGUAACAGAAGAGAAUAUCUCCUGAGGUGCUUGUCAGCUGUGAAAAUGUCUGACAAGAACCAGAUCAUUGCCAGGGCUUCCUUGAUUGAGCAACUGGUGUCUAAAAGGUAUUUUGAGGAUAUUGGUAAACAGCUUACUGAGCUAGAAAUGAUUUAUGUGUCUAAGGAGCAUCUGCAGGAGACAGAUGUGGUCAGAGCUGUUUACAGAGUCCUCAAAAACUGCCCAUCAGUGACUUUAAAAAAGAAGGCCAAGUGUCUGCUGGCAAAGUGGAGAGGUUUCUAUAAGAAUACACACUUCAAAACAAGGGAAAGCCUUAAAGUACUCCAUACAGAUGUUAAUAAGGAAGUAAGUGUUGCAGUUUCUCAGGAUGAAAGCCAAGAUGAGACACCAGGCUCUAGCCACAAUGAGAUAUUGGGUCUCUGUAGUUCUCUCUCUAGGCUGUCACCCCAAGAUGCUGCAAAGGCUGCUGCAGCAUUUGGGUCUGAAAGUAGUGCUGCUCAAAUGGAAAUUAAUGAAGGCUAUUUGGAGGAUGACUCUGAAUCUCCGAGCAAGAGCUCAGGUGUGCUAGAUAAUCCCUUAGUGUCUGUGAGAUCUAAGUGCAUAGAACUUCUCUAUAAAGCCUUAGCUAGUUCUUGCACAGAUCACACAAAAGUUCACUUUUGGCAAAACUUAGCAAGACAAAUUGAAGAGCACAUUUUUACUCUUCAUUCAAACGAUAUCAAAAAAUAUAAAAAUAAUAUUCGAAGCAAAGUUGCCAAUUUGAACAACCCCAGAAAUUCUCAUUUACAACAAAAUUUGCUCUCUGGAACCAUAUCUGCAAGGGAAUUUGCUGAAAUGACUGUACUGGACAUGGCAAACCAGGAGCUGAAGCAGUUGAGAGCUUCCUAUAUAGAAUCCAGUAUUCAGGAACAUCACCUUCCCCAAAUAGUUGAUGGCACACACACAAAUAAAAUUAAGUGUAGGCGCUGUGAUAAAUACAACUGCACAGUCACUGUAAUUGCCAGAGGAACACUUUUCCUUCCAAGUUGGGUGCAGAAUUCAAACCCAGAUGAACAAAUGACCUAUGUCAUUUGUAAUGAAUGUGGGGAGCAGUGGUACCAUAACGACUGGGUGUGCUUGUGAUUUGUUAAUAAUCUUUUCAAGGACAUAUGUUUUAAAUAUAAAACAUAACCUUCUGUGCUCGUUUUUCAACAAAAUCUGAAUCUUAUUUUUGCCUUCGGGAGUUUGGUUUGUGAAAGACGUCAGUAUAUAGCCCAAGCUGGUCCAUUCUCAGGAGUGCUUGCUUUACACCACACCUGCUUAAUGCACUGUUCUUACUACAGUACUAAACCAAGGAGGGAGAGUUGUUUGCCAAUGUGUAGGCCAUAGAAGGCUAUCACAUUGUACUUUGUGGCCACUUAAGACUUGACUCAGAGUGGCACUGUGGCUCAACACAGCCUGAGAGCAUGUUAGAGAUGAAGACUCUUGCCUGGUGCUCCUUGAAUCCUGAUCUGUAUUUUGGCAGAGUCUCCAAGUGAUCCUCUGGGAUACUUUGAGAAUCACUGUGGUUCUCAGGAGUGACUAUAUAUUAGAAUUUUCUGAGAAGCAUUGAAAUGUACUGGUGCCAAGAGCCAAGCCCAGUGCAAUUCAGUAUGAACCUAUGGCACCGGACCCAGUAGUCAGCAUUGCUCUUUGGUCAUUUCUUGGUUUAAGUUGCAGUUCGAGUUAGGAACUACCUGUAAAUAGUCUCUCAUUUGAGCCUUUCUAUAGUUCUGAAGAAAUUAAUGUUAUUUUGGAGACUUUACAGAUGAGGAAAGAGGCCUACACUCCCAGGUUAUACAACUAUUUGGAGUCUGCCUCACACUGAUCCCAGAUUUUCCACUUUACUUCUGAAGCAGGUGUGAUGGCACAUGCCUGUAAUCCAAAUGCUAGGGAGAAUGAGGCAGGAGGAUUUAUGUGAGUUCAGAGCCAGUUUGACUUGCAAAGUCUCUGUCUCAAAACUGUUAAAAGGGCUUUAUGUUUCAAGCCUGUAAUCCUAGCAUUGGGAAUUCUAAGGCAUAAUCCCAUGGUUUAUAGAGAAACACUGCCAAAUCCAAAAAGAUUUAAUUAGAGAACGACUUAAUAUUGAUUUUGUAAGAAGUAUACUCUUGGAAGUUGGUGCUAAGCAAAUAGUAUUCAGGACCUCUAAGCUUAUGUGAGUAGAGUUUUAUUCUUUUGUCCUUAAUUUUUUCAUUUUUCAAGUCUCUUGACUGGUGAAAAGUUGCACUAUAAGUCAGAAUUUGGCUCAUACCCUGAUUCCUUAGUUGAAUGACCUUUGUGGUUUUUUUAGCACUCCAUAAACUAUGAUAUAUAGUUUCUUGAUGCUAGAAAUCUAUAUGUCUUCAAAGGCAUGUGUGUCGGGUUUGAAAUUCAAAAUCUGCUCAUGUGAAAAUGACACUAGUUGUUAGAGGAAGUUCAUUCCUUCAAUCUAAAUAUAUAUAUAUAUAUAUAUAUAUAUAUAUAUAUAUAUAUAUACUAACUGAAGAGGAAAUCCCUUCUCAAGCCUUUGCAAACAAUGUUUACUGAUUUGUAUGCUUAUACACAAGCCUUUUUUUUAUGUAAGUAUGACUCAUUUUUUCCUUUAAAGUGAUACCUAGUUUGUCAUUCAAGGUAUUUGAUAUUUUUUAAUAUGUAAAACAAUUUUAUACGCAAUCAACACAAAACCUUGCAUAUAUGUACUCCUUUUCCAGUUUAAUUCCGGGUGAUUAGAUAGACAUUUUCUCUUUUGUUGUUUGACAGAUACGUGAAGAGUUUCUAUUUUUAUGAAACUAGCUUCACUCUGUAGCUUAAGCUGGCCUCAGACUCACACCGGCUAGCCUUAGCCACCAAAGUGCUAUGAUUUUCAGUGUAAGCCACCAUUCAUUGAUUUUAUCAUAUCAAAGACUUCCUUUCUUAGUUCCAUAUAAACUCACAUUUUCACUAGUUAUUAUCGCCUAACUCCCCAGUGUUCCUUCAAUGGGAUAUGUAAGCUUUUCUUUAUAUAUAUAUUUUACCUCAAUAUGACAGUUCCCCAAUGGGUGCAUAAAACUAGCAAACAUUUCUGUUUUAGGGUUUUUUUUUUUUGAAGAAAUCAGCUUGAAACUGUCAAGUCUGAAUUAUAUUUUGUCGUAUUUUCUCCAUAUGGCAUUCCAGGGCUGUUCACCAUGAUGAAAUGUUUUAGUCCUUUAAAGAGUAACUUACAAAGUCAUCAAAAACUCAAAAGUUGCACAAAAUGUGGUUUCAUGUGACUUGGAAUGAUCAUAAAAUCUAGACAGUGAUUGUGCAAGAGCACACACAGCAUAUACAAACCUUGUUUCAUUUGUUCAAGUCAGUUUGGUGCUUCGAUUUUUUAUAUAUCUCUGUAUGGUUCUUUGUACUGAGAUUUUGUAAGCUACAUUUAUCAAAAAUAAAAGCAUUUAAAAUGGAAAAA